AGAGAGAGAACGGAUAUGAUUUUCGGUCUCGGAAACUUCAUCGGCCGCACGGCAACUACGCUCCGUCGGUACAUCGCCGAUGGAGGCAGUAAACAGGCACGUGUCCCAUUUCUCCCACGUGCGAGCCCUAGCCCCUCGUACGCGCGAUCGCGCGAUGGCUUGCGUGCGACCUCAGCCGCCCAGCACCUACUCGUCAGUGCCCCCACCGCUCUCCUAUAAAUACCGAUCACACGUGACAGUUCUCAGCAACAAGCAACUGUCAGUCGUUCCACGUCGCGAAAUGGACGCCGUCGACGCGGAGAAGCUCCGCUCCGAGUUCUUGCAGGUUCUUCUCAGCCGGCGUUCUCCCGAAGUUCCGCUAUCUGUGGAACCUGGAAAACCUGUAGCAGACCCUAUGUACCAGGAAAGUCCCCGGCCAACGUUCAGUGAGGCAAUGGAAUCUUGUGUUAAAGCAGACAUACCCAAUCUUAAGGAUCUACUCAAAGAGGAGAAUUUUUACUUGAUUACUGAGUCUGGAGAUCAAGGACGGUUGCCUGUGCUGGUUAUAAGCAUGAAAGAAAGCAACCAUAAAAGAAGACCGGCUAUUGUUUUUCUGCAUAGCACCCAUAAGUGCAAAGAGUGGUUACGGCCAUUGCUUGAGGCAUAUGCUUCACGGGGAUAUGUUGCUAUUGCCAUUGAUUCUCGUUAUCAUGGGGAACGUGCCAGCAGUAAAACAACUUACCGAGAUGCUCUUGUAUCAGCAUGGAAAAAAGGUGAUACAAUGCCAUUCAUAUUUGAUACGGUCUGGGACUUGAUAAAAUUGGCAGAUCAUCUAAAACAAAGGGAGGAUAUAGAUCCGUCUAGGAUAGGAAUUACUGGUGAAUCACUUGGAGGAAUGCACGCAUGGUUUGCUGCUGCCGCUGAUACCCGCUAUGCUGUGGUUGUCCCUAUAAUUGGGGUUCAGGGAUUUCGGUGGGCUAUAGACCAUGAUAAGUGGCAGGCUCGAGUUGAUAGUAUCAAAGCUGUAUUUGAAGAAGCACGGAUUGAUUUAGGCAAAAGUGCAAUUGAUAAAGAAGUGGUGGAGAAGGUGUGGGACAGAAUUGCUCCUGGUUUAGCCUCUCAGUUUGAUUCACCUUAUACACUUCCGAUUAUUUCACCACGCCCCCUUCUGAUCUUAAAAGGUCAAGAUGAUCCUCGAUGCCCAAUCAAAGGUCUCGAAAUUCCAGUGUCUAGAGCAUCCAAAGCUUACAAGGAUGCCAACUGCCCGGAUAAUUUGAAGGUAAUAGCAUACCCUGGAAUCGGCCACCAAAUGACACCGGCCAUGGUAAAAGAAGCCAGCGAUUGGUUCGACAAGUUCCUCAAGUAAGAAUCACUUUAUUAUUGUUAACAAAUGAAAUAGUACGCAGUUGUAAGACAUGGUUGUCCUCCUCUUGUAUCUCUGUUCAAUUAUUUAUAAUUGAACCUUUCAUGUAUAAUACGAGUUCAGUUUAUGCCAGAAAAUUCUCUCUAGUUGCGUCUGUCAACUUUGAGAAAGACACAAUACUGUACCCAACCUGUUACUCUUCGGCUCUGUCGAUCAAACCCACAAGAAUGCUGUUAGGUUCGUCUAAAUAAAACUAUUAUUCUGCAACAGUUUAUUUAA